AUCCUCCUGCCUCAGUCUCUUGAGUUACUAGGAUUACAGGCAUGUGCCACCACACCUGGCAGUUCUAAUCUACUACAGGAACACACAUGGACACAUUAAAAGUGUGAAUAAAAUAAGGACAAGCAGACUGUUGGUGAGGACUGAAGAGUCUAAUUAGUAAAAUGUACAAAUAUAUUAGAAGCUGAGGAGUAUUCCCUGCUUCCUUUAGAUCCUGUUCUCCAGACAAGUGAAGUGUCACUGCACUUCAUUCCCAAGAAUGUUAUUUGCCUCUUCUAUUGGAGAAGUCCUCCGAGGAUGACAAAAUGGAUUGUUCCCAAUAAUAGAAGAGAGUUGGAAUUUUUAAGACAAGGAAAGCAGCAUAGCAUAGAAAUGAAAAAAAUAGUCUUUGGCCUUGGAAAGCUCUGGGUGGAAUCCCAGUCACCCCUGCAUUAUUACUUUGGGGACAGGCCACCCACCUACCAUUAUGAGUCUUCAGGUCAGGAAGAGGAAGGGAGAUAAUGCAAAACUAUCUCUAGCAUAGCAUCUGGCAAAUAGAGGGUGAAGUUGGGGAGAGGAAAUCAGAAGGUGUAUUUGGGUUCUUGAGAGUGUCCAGAAGAAAGGGGACAAGAGUCGAAACCUGAAGGGAAAAGAAGCUGGGCACAAAAGGGACAGUAAGGAGCUGCCUACAUAGGUAGACACCAUUCAUUCUGGUAUCUUUUUUUACCUGCUCUGAUUAACACUGGCUGGGUGGGCCUGGUUGGGAGAGAGAUGAGGUAAAGGAAGAAGCCUCUACAAUGGUUUGCACCUACCUGAAACUAGUGACAAAAAAGAAGAAGAAGAAGAAGCUGCCCAAACAAAGCAGCUUUUCUUACAGAUCCCCCAUCUGCCUAAGGCCACACUUGGAAAUGGGUACUUUUAUGGCUCUCAGCCCAGAAGAGGCAGAGUGGAAGAGGAGACAGUGGUGGGGUGGAUGGCCCACUGCCCCUGCAUCUCUUUUGGUAUAUUUUUCUUUUGUCUUUCAGAUCAGCUUAUUGUCUUUUUGCCUCUCAUCCUUCUUUUCAACCACUGAGCACCCAUUCUGGGGCUACAUGCUGGGAUAGGGGGCUGGAAACAGACACAAAUGAUACAUAGUUUUCAUUCUGACACUUGGAGAAAAAGACCUUUCCUACCCUGGGAAUCUGCCUUCUGCCAUUCUCAGCUCCCUUGCCCACGGGACCUGCCCCCACCCCACCUCUCUGAAUCUCCAUCUCAUCCGCCCCUCUGACUUUGUUCUUUCACGCCUUAACCAGGCUCAUGGUGAGUAUGCUCCCAGAGGGAAGUGACACAAAGAAAAGGGAGGGGGGCAGAAGGAGGGAAUCCCGCUGACAUCACUGCUCAUUAGCAUAUGUGACCUCAUCAGGGGGCGGGACAAUUUCCCCAGGUGUCUAGGGGGAGGACUUGUGGGGGGGGGUGGUAUUUAAAGGGAAAAGCUGACAGUGCUGCUGAGUGAGGGAGCGGGUGCUGCAAGCUGCUGGGCUGCACUUGCACGCACACACGCGCAUGUACACGGACCCCGAUACCGACAUGGACAUGGAUACAGAAAACACAGCACUUUGUCCCUCCGACAGCUGCCAGGCCUCCCCAUCAGGGACACCUACACCAGAAACAGAUGCCACACUUCUGAAGAAGCCAGAGAAACUGUUGGCAGGGUUGGACCAGAGUGGGCCACCCCCUGUCCCUGGGGUCCCCAGACGAAGAGGCAGUAUGCCUGUGCCCUACAAGCACCAGCUAUGUAGGGCACAGGCUGUAGAUGAACUUGACUGGCCGCCUCAGGCCUCAUCUUCUGGUUCCUCUGACUCCUUGGGCUCAGGAGAGGCAGCCCCUGCCCAAAAGGAUGGCAUCUUCAAGGUCAUGCUAGUAGGGGAGAGUGGCGUAGGCAAAAGCACCCUUGCAGGCACUUUCGGUGGUCUCCAGGGAGACAGUGCUCAUGAGCCGGAGAAUGCAGAGGACACCUAUGAGAGACGAAUUAUGGUGGAUAAGGAGGAAGUAACUUUAGUUGUUUAUGACAUCUGGGAACAGGGAGAUGCUGGGGGGUGGCUGCGGGACCACUGCCUUCAGACGGGGGACGCCUUUCUCAUCGUCUUCUCAGUCACGGAUAGACGAAGCUUCUCCAAAGUUCCAGAGACCUUACUUCGGCUCCGAGCUGGGAGGCCCCAUCACGACCUACCUGUCAUCCUGGUUGGAAACAAGAGUGACCUGGCCCGCUCCCGGGAGGUAUCACUGGAGGAGGGGCGCCACCUGGCCGGAACGCUGAGCUGCAAGCACAUCGAGACGUCGGCAGCGCUUCACCAUAACACGCGGGAGCUCUUCGAGGGCGCCGUUCGCCAGAUCCGGCUGCGGAGGGGCCACGGUCGCACAGGAGGCCAGCGGCACGAGUCGGGCAGCCCUGAAGGCCCCGCGCCGUCUGCGCGCCGCGAGAGCCUCACCAAGAAGGCCAAGCGCUUCCUGGCCAACCUAGUGCCGCGCAACGCUAAGUUCUUCAAGCAGCGGUCCAGGUCAUGUCACGACCUUUCUGUGCUCUGAGCCAAGGUCUCCACAGCCGCUGCGGUCGCCAUGGCCACGGCGCCCUCCGCUCGCCCCCUCGCCCCGCCCCCGUCCGGCUUCCUUUGUGGAAGCCGUCUAGGAAACCAAAAAUUCCCAGGAUGCCCUGGUGUGACCACGGGGGAAGGGCCGGUGGGCGUCAUCUCCACCCAGCUCCAGGUACCGUGCGUUCGCGGGGCAGCUCGCCUUCUAGCGCCGGACGCAGACCACGAGCCGAAGGACUCUCCCGCUACGGCCGCGGGCGGGGCGGGUUUGGGAGGGUCAAGAAAGAAAACAGUCCUGCAAGGUAUUUUGCUUUUAUUAAGUCGCGCGUGGCCACCUCUUCUGUAGAGAUUCUAGACAAGAGAACUGGAAAAGUGUUUUGUAGACUCCUAGACGGAGUUGGACCUCCUUUGUAUGCUGAACAUGCUUCACCUUUAAGAGUCUUAAAGACUGGAAGAGGCCCUUUUCUAGAGACUUCCGAAAAAAUGUUCUGGCUUUUAUCUGCCAUACUGGUGCACAUUGCCCUUAAGAAGUUCUUAAAGGCAAGGGCCUGGAAGUGCUAUUCUCGAUAGUUGAUUCGGUGAUUUACCAUUGCCACCGAGGCACUUCACCUUUAAGAUUCUUAAAGGUAAAGUGUGGACAGAUUUUCUUCUGCCUUCAGAUCCCGGAAUGAAGAAGCUGUGGCAACCCCUUUGGCCAGCCUGGCCGAGGAGGCACUAGAAAAAGGCCACCCUUUCCCUUUUCAAUAAAGGAAUUUUGUAUUGCAUC